AGGUGAGGAUCUUAAUGUUUUUGUCAUCUGUCAAAUACCCUCUGCCAAAAAUCGGCAUGUAUGCGUAAAACUGCUGAUCUGCCCCCAGGGGGCAGCACGCUGCAGUAACUAUACGAUGACCACUGGUCCGACAACAGCAGAAUAAGGGUUUUGUCACGUGACUAGUGUGCCAACGUGCUUUCACAUCUCUGUACAGUAGAGAGUCCGGGAAAACAAUGAUGUCGCUUGAUGACAUAAUGACAAGUCUUCGAAGCUGUGUGAUCAGCGAGCAUCGAGCAGCCGGAGACGUCGACCACACACUCGGGCUCUUCUUCGAUAAACUGUCUGAAUCCUCCCGGUUGGUACCCGUAACAUCGACAUGUUUGAUUCCAGUUUUGAAUAAGUUGCGAUGACUGAAUGACGGUGCGCAUGUACAGGAGCAGUAGCAAACGAUGUAAGGAGCGCCGUUUGGAGGAGGCGGUCCAGUUGCUGAAACACAUUUCAGAUGCUCAACUUAAGGUUUUAGAGGAGAGCCAUCUCCUGCUUCUUGUCAGGCUCCUCGUCUCCAUGCAGAUGCAGGUGUCCAACAUCUCCGCAGCCUUUCGUAAAAUGGAUAAGAUGUUGCAACAUUUGGCAAAGGGGCACCACCAGUUGGUUUUUAGAGAAACCCAUCGCUGCUUGCACUCCAUAAUCCAUAGUGACCAGGUAUUGUCUUUUGAGGAUCUGCAGCAAGCCUGCGUGUUCCUGGAAAACAGCGCCGUUGGUCGCGAGGUGUUGCGAGAGUCUUUCCCGUCUUUUCUGAAGAAAUUGUCAGAGUUAUUCCUGGUUGUGUUGCAACAAGAAUCCCUGAGAGAUGGGCCGCUGUGUUACAUCGCUGUCAAGGUGUGCCUGCAAAUAUUCCAGCUGUUUCCAAGUGAAGUUGCUCCACUUGUGUGGACGAAUGAACCCAGGGGCCCAAAGAUGCAGGAGAUCCUCCAGGCUCUGAUGGACAUUAUACUUGGAAAGUGCUGCAACCGGGACACGUGUCUUUUGGCAGGAACUGCUGUGGCCAUGCUGAUCAACACUGCAUCAGAGAGCAGGGCUGGAGAAGCUGCCGCCUGGAGUCUGCUACAGGUCUCUCACUUCGAGCCCUGGCUACUGAGUGUUGGUGCUCUCCAGGUACGGUGCUGCCCUACAGGGAAGGACGGGGUGGCCCGGCUGGCUGUGACCAGGGGCCUCCUGACAUGCUGUCGACCGAGCAUCCUGCUCAGUUCAGAUGCGGACGCCACACAAAUGUGUUUACUGCUGAAAGGUUUGUUUCCUCUGGUCCAUGAUUUGUGUGAGGAGAAGCUGGAUUGUCACUACUUUGCGUUCGAAGCAUUAACCUGGUGGCUGAAGAAAGUUAAAGAAUGCCUGGCCGACAUCUUGAAGAUGACGGGCGUUCGCCUUCUGGGCGACAACAGCUGCCUGCAGCAACAGCUCAUUCACAUUAUCUGGACCAAUGCAGAAAGCCCGAUGGAAGGAGUGUCAGAGUUUGUGCAGGGCGCGUUUGGUCUCCUGCUGGACCUCUAUGAGACGGACUGUGAGCAGUUUUGUGACACAGAGAAGACCCUUUAUUCCACUCUUCUCCAGCGAAUAAUCAAACUACCUUGGGAAGCCAAAGCCAAAUACCAUCGCCUCUGUGCCCUGUUGCCAUAUCUGGGUACCGACGUUGUGCUGAGUCAAUACGCUGAAAUACCCAAUCAUCUCCUGAAGUGCUUGUCAACCAAUCACCUGUCACCAUGCGGAUCAGAUCUUUACAGGUGCCUCAUCCAGCAGCAGCGGCGCGAGCUGUGCGCCGCCCAGCUGUGCGCCGCCGAGCCCCAUCUGGCCGAUGAGUGGGCGAGGUGUUGGCGGCCCGUCCUUCAUGAGGCGCUGACGUCUGACACGACCCUUCUGCAGAACAACAGCUCAAUGCACCUGCUGCCCUGCACGUUCCAAGUCUUCCCCUCUGCAGUGCAGCCGCUGUUGGCCACCCUGGACCCGUUCGCCCCCGGCCACCUCCACGCCUGGGCCUGCAUCGUGAGCUCCUAUCGAGCCGCGACCGGAGGCUCUCCCUGGGCCGCGCAGGGCAGCUCCACCCUCGACACCCUCAAGCUGGCCCUCGGAUCGGCAGAUGACAAAGUCCGCCUGGCCGCGCUCAAUCUCCUGUGCUGCAGCCCAAAGACCAGAGACACGGCGACCCCAGAGGAGAUGGCUUUAAUGAGAGCGUUUCUUCCUCAGAACCUGAACAGCGAUUCUUCGCCUUUUCGCCAACACCUUCAGGCGGGAGUGAAGAGGUUUCUGGUUCGUAUUAGAGACAGUUGCUUGGCACAUGUGAGAGGACAGAAAGGCAAAAAGAAAGAAGAAGCCACCCGCUCAAGGAGGGCACAGGACGUACUGGAGCAGGGAAUAGGUUUCGUUGAAUGGUUGAGUGAACUGCCAUACAGCUAUCUGGCACCAGGACACAGUUAUCAGAGCAAGAAGACUGCGUUGCUGUUGCUUUCUGCAGUGCUAGAGACCUGCACAGACACCUGGAGCCCAGACAAAAGGAAGGGACAACCUCCAGUAAAUAUGGGGUCUCUUAUUAACUCUGCCAGACAAAGAGGGCAGUGGGAUUUUGUCUCCAGGACAAAACAGUUGGUUCUCAUCAGCUGUUUGGAAGAUUCUACUAAUGAGAUUCGGGAGCUCUCAGCUGGGUUGUUGUUGAGGUUCUUCCCACCCAGUUUCCCAGAUGACAUCGCUGCGGUGCUUUUCAUGCGGACGAGGCAGCUCCUGUGCAGCCCUCGAGUGCACGAGGCUCAGAUGGGAGCACUGAUGAUGAAAGUCCUCCUCCAGAAAUCACAGGGCUGCAGGUUGAGCAGUACCCCCAACACCUCCUGCACGGUCAAAUUCCUGGUGAAGGAGUUGGAGGAGCAUUAUCUGACAGCCAAGGCUGACAUGAUGCUUGCUGCCAGAACCAAGCCGAUACAUGGUGUUCUAAGUGCGCUCCAGAGGUGUUUGCUUGAGGCUCCCAACAGUGUCUAUGACGCCCUUGACCACAGUCUGACUGUUAAGGUCUUGGUUCUGCUGGAUAACUUGUCUCUGCUGCUGCUGGGUGUUCUGUACGGAGACCGGGGUGCUUGUGCCUCUGAAAAGGAUGCCCCCCCUUCUUUUUGUGACAUGGGAAACGCCAUCAGUUCUCUUAUAGCUGAAGAGUCCGGAGGAGGCCAGGAGGACGGGGAGGAGUGCGUCCUGCUUUCUGAGGAGCACAACCUGGUUCUCACCUGCUGCUGGGUCUCCCUCAAGGAAGUAGGAAUCCUUUUAGGCUCCCUGGUUGAGAAAAUUCUCACUGAAUCCAAACCCAGCGAGUGUCUCUUAGCAAAAGAGGAUCUAAGGAGAGCAUCAAAGGUGUUCAAGAAUAUUCUUCUCAAAUGCCGUCACUGGGGAGCAGUAGAGGGAUGUGGUGCAGGCUUCAUCAAGUUCUGUGCCUCCCUGUUGAGCAGCAACGAUCCAGAUUUUAGCGAUAUACCAGCCCACAUGCUGAAACAGGGUUUGGAGGUUGUGCGCUCACCGCGCUUGACCUCGGUGACCCGGCGGGCGGCGGGGUUGCCUAUGCUCAUCCUGUGUGUCGUGUCAGCAGAGGAGGCCUGUAAAAAAAGACCACUGUUAUCCCUCAGUGUGCAGACCUUACUGGAGACAGCCCGAACCCCUCUACCCGAGAACUGGGACCAAACGCUGGACCUGCCACAGGUGUGUGCGGUUCACACGCUGCAGGCCCUGGUCCGCGGCUCUGGUCUCGGAGUAGCUGUCCUUCAGUUCGCUCCUGCGGUCGCCAUCUUGUCACUCACUCUGCUCAGUUCUCCCUGCUGGGCCAUGAGGAACGCUGCUCUGCAGCUUUACAGUUCUCUGUGCUCUCGAAUGCUUGGCCAGCGGCCCGUCAGUGAGGAGGGUCGCCCCGCCCAGCACGGCAUGUCACCUCUCGCCUUCUUCUUCCACUACCCGGCGCUUCAGCCCUUCCUCCUGGGCGAGCUGAGAGGGGCAGCUGAAGACCUCCAGGGUGCACCCAACGAGGCCAAGCUUCACCUGCAGCCCUCGCUCUUCCCUGUCCUCACUCUAUUGGCACAGCUUCAGCCUGGUGUCCAAGAAUCAACAGAAACGUUGUCAGAAUUCCUGCCUCCUCUGCUCCGCCUCUCUGCAAGUCCUAUUUACAGCGUGAGAGUGAUGGCCUCGAAGGCCUUGGUUGCCAUGACUCCCCCCUCAAAAUACAUGGGCAUCCUCAUCCAACUGGCGGCUCAACUGCCCAGUCCACAGGAGGGCUGCUGUCACAACCGGCUCCACGGGCAGCUGCUCCAGAUCAAAGCUACUUUGGAGGAAGCUCUCUGCACAGCCAGUGACCCCUCGGCCGACCUGUGCCAGGUGCUGGGCAAGAUGGAUGCCUCGAUGUGGCUGGUGACCGAAGCUCAGCGCUGCCACCUAGUGAGGGCGGCCUACCUCGGGGUGGCAGACUCUCUGAGAGGACUCUGCUGUGAGACCUACCUGACGGAGCUCAGUCACACACUCAUGCGUGACAUCCAAACACCUCAACGGGAGCUUCAGCUCGGGUUGUCAUCCUUCCAUCAACAAGCCAUCCAAUUUCUAUGUGAAGAUCUAAAGUGUGCAUGUCAAAUCUGGGAAAACUUCUCUGCAUCAAGCACUGACCUGAGGCUGUCAUUGAUGACGUGGGUGGUGGAUGGGCGUGGUUCGCAGCAGAGCGGCUUGAAAGAGGUGAUCCAGAGGGUGUUGCAGUCAAACCUGAGGGAGGCGUUGUUGAGCGGCAGUGUGGAGUACCGCAGGACCUUCCUCGCAGCCCUGGUGGCAGUGAUGGCCGGAGGCGAUUCGACUUUACCCCCACAUCCUCCUCAUUGGGCCCCACUGGAGGAGCCAGUUCGACUCGAAUGUCUAGAUAUGCUGCUCGGCGACUUGGGGGACCAGCGGGGGGGGCCAGAGUUUCUAUCCCAAGCUCUGUAUGCGGCCAGUCUGCUGCUUUCCCUGACGUCAGUCUCAAGUCUAAAGACAUCCGUCUUCCAGCGCUGGUGUAGCAUCUUGGAAUGCCACCGAUCCCCAGACGAGCCUGAAGUGCUCAGGAUGGCGUGUGCCGAGGCUCUGUGUGUGGCUGCAGUUCCUCUAAUGAGCCGCGGAUCUCUGCCCACCAUCAUGAUCAGGUCGAUCAACACAGGCCUUUACUUGCUGCAGGACCAAAACCAGCAGGUGAGGCUGAAAGCGGCCCGUUUCGCUUCCAUGCUGCACCAUGUGAGAAAAGGAGAAAGCCGAAGGAGCGUCUACCUCAUGCAGGUUAACCAGGCUUUGCCUCUCCUGCUGGACCUGCUGCUGGAUGAAUGCUGGGAUACCCCUGGCACACUGGAGGUGCUGUUGUGUCACGUUCCCCAGCCUGACCUCAGGUCUGCGCUGAGAGAGGCUUCGGAGAUGGGGCGCUCCAGUCUGUACGAGCAGGACGAGGCCAAUGUGUUUGCAGAGCCCUCUGGGAUGUGUGCACUUGUGCUGCCCUACCUGCUGCAGAUGGCGGAGAAAUCCUCUUUAUCCUCUGCUGUGGGACAGAGGCUGAGUGCGUGGGCAGAGGAGAGUGCUCCACAGGUUCUAGACAGCCUUGCUGUCUGCAAAGAGCUCCAUCCAGCUGAGACGCUGACCCCGGCCUGGCUGGCGCUGCUCAUGGACCCGCAGUUCCACGGCACCCUGUGCGGUCUGUUUACCAGGGCUGUUCUUCUCCUUCGGCUGUCAAAUACAUCCGACGACGUACGACACCUUUGUGAUACUUCGGCGCUGCACGCCGGCGUGCGGGAAGCCUGUCAUCUGCUCAGGCUCAACGGGAUCCACCUCCCCUCGGCUGUCACGGCCGCUGUGGCUGCCGCUAUGAGGGAACAAGAGCGAGGCUUUUCUUCUCUACACGCAGUGAGCGAGGGUGCUGAAUGACAUCGCGGCGUGCAGCCUCGGUCCUGAAUGAGUAGCAUAACUACUGAUGCUGCAGUACACCAGGAGAAUAACAAGCUGACAAAGUCAUGUACCUCAUAUGAUUUUUACUCAUGUUUUUUCUACAAUACUUUCAAUAAAAAUGUAUUUUUCUCCUGUAGUUUGUUUGGCUUUAAGCUUUUUAAUGCAGAGGCCCAAUCAUAACUGCAGGUCUGCUUUUAUUACUUCAGAGCAUUAUGCUCAUUACUAUUCCCGUAGCCGUGCUCCCGUCCUCUGUGGAUGUAAGUUGUUUGCCACAUCGCGGCAGCAACAGAAGCACAACUCAAACAGGCGCGAUGAUGUAAUGCGAAAGCCUCCAGAGGUGCAACUUGGUGCCCAGUAGGGGAAGCUAGUGUGUUUUGAUGCGCCAUUAGAGACCUGGAUAAGUGUCCCAUUUUCUAACCACAUGGAGUGAAAAUUAUUCACCGGAUCUGGUAUCGAGUCUGUUGCUCGGCAACAGAUCACACACUAGAGCAGUCUUACAUCACCAGAUAGCUUGGGGCUUUUGUUUGAGCUGGGCGGCUCGGUAUCAAACAAACACUCACAUGAAACACUUUGUUCAUGUUAUGGUGGCCUGUUUUCGGUUACUUUGCCAUUUGGAUUCUCACAUUGUUUUGUGGAGAUAUGUCACUGUCUGAGAUUGCAUUUUCAGCAUGAUAUCUAACCAGACAAUUUAUCAACAAACUGACUCAUUUUAACUUUUAUUAUUAUUAUUUCAGC